UAUGUUUGAAAUUGUAGGUUAACACCAGUUAACACUACUGCGUCUAAAUUGAACCUAACCUCACGCUCAAUUUUCUUAGCAAAUGUACUAAGGUCAGAGUUAAGGUAUCGAUUAGCGAUCUAAAAAUAGUUAAAAAUGAGUGAUACUCGAUUGAAUGGCAACAGAAAAAUGAGCGCCCCCGAAGGAAAAUCGCCAUUUCUGAUUGGGGUAGCUGGUGGAACUGCUAGCGGCAAGAGCACGGUCUGCAAACGCAUUAUGGAGAAAUUGGGGCAGGCCGAAAUCGACAACAAGCAGAGACAAGUUGUCUGCAUAGCCCAGGACAGUUUCUACCGAGAUUUAACUCCCUCUGAAAUCGCCAAGGCUGCCAAAGGUCAAUUCAACUUUGAUCAUCCAGAUGCUUUUGAUGAAACCUUGAUGAAGACCACAUUGAAUGAUAUAUUGGCUGGAAAAAUAGUUACCAUUCCUACAUACGACUACAAGAACCAUGCUUUGAAGAAAAAUGAACUACUAACAAUUUAUCCAGCAGAUGUGGUUUUAUUUGAGGGAAUAUUGGUGUUCUAUUUUCCAGAAGUGCGCAAGCUUUUUCAUAUGAAAUUGUUUGUUGAUACGGAUUCAGAUACACGACUAGCCAGAAGAGUGCCAAGAGAUAUAAAUGAGCGAGGUCGAAGUCUAGACCAGGUGCUAAACCAGUAUAUGAACUUCGUAAAACCAGCUUUUGAAGAGUUUUGUUCGCCGACCAAAAAAUUUGCUGAUGUUAUCAUUCCUAGAGGUGCGGACAACCAUGUGGCUAUUGAUCUUAUCGUGCACCAUAUCAAGGACAUAGUACAAGGGAGACCUCGAGAGAAUGGAAGGGUCGAAAGUAUUGAAAGACAUUAUUACGAUUGAGUCCAUUAUUUCACUUCUAUUCUAUCUAUGCUAUACAUUCUAUUUUCUUUCCAAUGCGUACAUUGUCAGUGUUUCUGAUGUUCACUGUUAGUUUAUUGCAACUGUUUCUCAUAUUAAUUAGUUCUGAUUCUGUUUCUCUUUGCGGCAAUUCCUUUCUACAAUUGGUUGAAGAAUUACUACUGCGAUGAAGCAUUUCUUUUGGCACAGUUUAACGAUAUUCUAUUAAGGUAACUGCCAAACAACCAGUUGGCAAUGAUGAAACUAUACCCGGUGAUACUAAAAUAUGUAUUUUAUUUAUUUUGAAGUGACACAAUUUUUAGGUUUAGUGAGCAACAAGGAUUAUCAUCCUUGUUUCAGUGGUUUUUCAGUUACCUAUAGGUUUGUUCCAAAUUACUGUAGAUAUUUAAUAAGGCUUGGAAAAUAUCUACCCUAUAUGUGUAAAUAAAGGGUUAGUCAUUAGAGUUAACAGCGGACUUGCGUGAUGAAAAUAUUAAUAGAAUGAAUGAACGAAUAAUAGGAAACAGCGCACAUUUUUUAUCUGGUUAAAUUAUUAUCCAAUUGAACACAUUACCUCGAUGUGUCAGCUUUAUUAAUUUUAGUACAAUUAAGUAGAUUAAAAUGCAGUGUAUGUAUUUUCAAA